ACGUUUUUAGGCGCCGGCGCCUCGUUUUCUGGAUAAUGGGCGGUGCUGGCUUCGUCCGUUCCCAUAAGCUCUGGUUGAAGAGACGGCGAGAGGGACUAGAGGGGCCAGAGGGGCGAGCGCGAGAAAUUCUUAGGCCUAACGGCGUUACAGAGUUGAAAGCAGUGGACCCUGGGUCGGCUUAAAUUAGAAGUGUUCAAACUCAACCGGUGGUCGGACCGUUUCUGGUCUAAUGAACGAACGGUCGAUGGUCCGGCCGUUUUAUCUAGAGCGAGCGAACAGAUUCACCCAUUUCAGAGGUAGUUAAAACGGUUGAGAAGGAACAAGCAGAAGCUAUGAGCGAACAGCUCUGUCUAGCCUUAUUGAGAGAUUGCAGAACCCUGAACGGCCUUAAGCAAAUUCACGCCUUUGCUUCUAAAACUGGACUAGAAAGAGACCCUUUAAUCUCUGGGAAGCUUCUCCUCCUCUCUUCUGUCUCCAUCGCCAAUGCUCUCGAUUACGCUCGUCGUCUUCUCUUUCACAUCCCCUCGCCAGAUGUUUUCAUGUACAACACCUUUAUUAGAGGACUCUCUGAAUCCGAGACCCCUCAGAAUUCCCUCCUUACAUACAUCGAUAUGUGUAGGAGAACGAUGCCAACACCCGAUAGCUUCACCUUCGCUUUCAUUCUUAAAGCCACUGCUAAUUACAAGUCGCUUGCUGCUGGAGUUCAACUCCAUUGUCAGUCUUUAAUACAUGGACUCGAUACUCACAUCUUCGUUCGAACGACCCUUAUCAGUAUGUAUGCAGAAUGUGGGUGCAUUGUAUCAGCAAGGAAGGCGUUCGAUGAAUUGCAUCAACCAAAUAUUGUUGCUUGGAAUGCGAUUGUUACUGCUUGUUUUAGGUGCUCAGACAUAAAGGGUGCAGAGAUUACCUUUAAGCAGAUUCCGUUCAAGAAUUUGAUGUCAUGGAAUAUCAUGCUUGCUGGUUACAUGAAAUCGGGUGAGCUGGAGCUCGCAAGAAGUACAUUUUCCGACAUGCCUGUGAAAGAUUCGGUCUCUUGGAGUACCAUGAUUAUUGGGUUUUCUCAUAAUGGUUGCUUAGAUGAGCCUUUUAGGUAUUUCAGAGAGCUGCAGCGAUUGGGGAUGAGACCCAAUGAGGUGAGCCUGACUGGGGUCCUCUCUGCAUGUGCACAGGCUGGUGCUUUUGAGUUUGGGAAGAUCUUGCAUAGCUACAUAGAGAAGGUAGGCUAUAAUUGGAUUGUUUCAGUGAGUAAUGCACUCUUAGAUACAUAUGCGAAAUGUGGGAAUGUGAAAAUGGCUCGUUUGAUAUUUGAUCAGAUGAUUGAAAAGAGUAUCGUUUCAUGGACUUCAAUGAUCGCAGGGUUUGCAAUGCAUGGUUAUGGUGAGGAAGCAAUAGAACUCUUCCACAAAAUGGAGGAUUCUGGAAUCAGGCCUGAUGGAAUUACUUUCAUUUCAAUCUUGUACGCUUGCAGCCAUGCUGGAUUAAUUGAACAAGGAUGUAGGUAUUUCAACAAAAUGGAGGAGACAUAUGGGAUAGAACCAUCCAUAGAACAUUAUGGCUGCAUGGUCGAUCUUUAUGGGCGGGCUGGUCUUCUUCAUGAGGCCUACAAAUUCAUAAAUGGAAUGCCAAUUGAGGCAACAGCCAUUAUUUGGCGAACCCUUCUUGGGGCAUGUAGUAUCCAUGGGAAUGUCAGAUUGGCAGAGAAAGUGAAGGAAAGACUUUCUGAACUUGAACCUGACAAUUCUGGCGAUCAUGUUCUUUUGUCAAACAUUUAUGCUGUUGCCGGGAAAUGGAAGGAUGUCAUCACGGUAAGAAGGUCAAUGGCUGAUCGUAAGAUUAAGAAGGCACCUGGUUGGAGCAUGAUUGAGGUUGACAAGGUCAUGUACAGUUUCGUGGUGGGUGAAGGACUAAGUGAGGUUGCAAAAGAGGCAUAUGAGAAGCUUGGGGAGAUAAUGCUGAGACUCAAGGUUGAAGGAGGUUACAUCCCGGAGGUUGGGAGUGUUUUGCAUGAUAUAGAAGAUGAAGAAAAAGAAGAUGCAGUUUCUAGGCACAGUGAGAAACUUGCGGUUGCAUUUGGGAUUUCAAGACUCUGUCAGGAAAGCAUCAUCAGAAUCGUGAAGAAUUUGAGGGUAUGCAAGGACUGCCAUAUUGUGAUGAAGUUAAUAUCAAAGGUGUACAGACGGGAAAUUGUCGUGAGGGACCGAAGUCGGUUUCAUUCUUUCAGAGAUGGCUCCUGUUCAUGCAGAGAUUACUGGUGAUUACAUUUUUUUUCUUCUAUUUUGCCUCUUUCUUUAAAGUGGCAUUGGCAUCCGUUGGCAGAACAAAUUUCAGAUCUCAGCUACUAAAUCACAAUGACAAGCAAGGAUGAGAAUGGACUUGACAGAAAAUACAGACGUCAUGGUUUGGAUGGCUACCAUAAUCUGAUUUUGUUCAUUAUUCUUUGGGUACCCACCAGGUACAAUAAAUUAGCAAAGAAUCGGUUUUCUCGUCUUCCCAAAAUUUGGCAACAGAUGUGGUGAUAGAACUCUAUACUCAAACAGGCUACUAACUUAUAUCUUCUUGGCUAUGGCACUCAGUCUGUUCAAUGCAUUGUUUGCUGCUGGUCCUUACUUAAGUUGAAGGCUUGAGCUUGGAUGGCAGUUCAAGGAUUUUCACAUAUUGAUGAUAAGGACCUGUCCUAUUUGUUCCUUGAUUAAAGGGAUAAUGAGAGCUUUUGAACCCCGUGAUUCACCACCA